AUGAAUCCGAUCCAAAAUGCAAGACAAAAUACAGUGUGUGAUGAAUAUGCACUGCGGAGUGAUCUCUUUGACGUUAAUAGGCACAACCCCCUUGUACUACCCAGAACAUCGCCUCAACCGAUAGACAUUACCUUGACCUGGUUAACCGGAUACGUGGUGGGAAUGGAUGAAAUUGAAGGAAAAUUCACUCUCAUGGGAGAUUUAGAAAUGAGCUGGACAGACGAGUUGAUGACGUGGGAUACCAAUCAGUAUAACGUUAGCUCCAUUGUCGUGGUUGGCAAAGAAGUGUGGACACCUCCCGUUAAAAUCCUUAACAAAAUGGGAUCAAACUUCCUCAGCACUGGUUUAAAGAACGACUUACUAAGAAUAGAACACACUGGAGCAGUUAAGACCACCCACUCGGGGGAAUUGUCCAUCUCAUGCCCACUGGACCCCACCGACUUUCCCUUUGAUUCACAAGACUGCAUUAUGCUCUUUGGCUUAUCGAUACACUCCUUUUCAGAAGUGCGUUUGAAAUUCUCGGAUAUACCCGUAAAAUCAAUAUCGGGGGGAAGUGGGAUAACCCACCCUAUUUGGACGAUCUCCAGAUUCACGGCCAAAGAUAACCCAUACGUCUCGAUGGCUUACGUGCAGUUCUGUCUGUACAGGAAGUCACUGUACUAUAGUUUUACCAUGUUAGGUCCCACAGCUCUCCUGAAUUGUCUCACAGUAUUUGCCUUCCUAAUACCCAACAACCAAGGAGAGAAAAUUUCCUGUGGAAUGACUAUAUUUCUGGCCUUUGUGGUGUUUCUGGUGCAAGUUGGAGAUAUAAUUCCUAAAAAUUCGAACGCAGUGCCAGUACUAGGCAAAUACUAUUUGUAUUCCAUCAUAGGCAGUGCCGUCAUGGUCAUCAACACGGUAAUUCACUCGUGUAUUGCUAACAGGCAGACGGGCAAUGACGUAGUGAAAGUUGAACCAAUGGAGUUAGACAACGAGAAACAGGAUGCAUUUGAGGAUUUGGACGACAGUCAAUCCGAGGGCGGUACCAAAAAAAGAAGCUUGGUCAAUUUUUUUAAGAGAAACGGACUGAAAAUAUUCGAUCUUAUUUGUUUUCUGGCAUCUGUGUUGUUGAUCGGAUCAUCUGUAGUGAUGCUAUUGACGACAGCGAGUAAAUGUGUAAUUUGAACUCCAUGGAAAAUCUGUACCCAUGACACUAUAGACUAUGAUAUGUUGAUGAAUUUGCGAUUUUAUGAGACAAGGCUAAAACACGAUAUAGGAUAUAUUGAGGGAAGAGAAGAACAUCGAUAAAUUUUUAUGAUGAGCAUGUUAAUUGCUAAUUACUGUACGCACAAAUACAAAUUAUAAGGGUAUUUUAAUAAA